AUGUGCAACGGGUGUGUGCAGAAACAGUAUCCCGACAGGGGUAACACUUGCCUGGAGAACGGCUCUUACCUGAUGAACUACCUGGGCUGCGCCAGUUGCCAUCAGCGGGACUUCGUGCUAAUAAGCAACAAAGCCACCGAGGAUGAAGAUGGAGAGGAAAUUGUCACAUAUGACCAUGUUUGUAAAAACUGUGACCACGUCAUUGCCAGACAUGAGUACACUUUCUCUGUUGUCGAGGAAUAUCAGGUCUGUAUUGUGUCUUCCAGGAGUACACAAUGCUCUGCAUGCUGUGCGGUAAGGCAGAAGACUCCAUCAGUGUGUUACCAGACGACCCCAGACAGUCUGCACCACUUUUUUAGACUUCCAACAUCAACAGACCUGCAGUUUUUAGAUAGACUGUCCACCACCAUGGCUCCAACAGUUUUUACCAUACAAUGCAAAGUUUUUAAGUCCAUGGAACAACACGUACGACUCUGUAUCAGCCUGUAA